AUGAUGUUUUCAAGUGAUGGAUUUCUUGCUGAUAAUGCUUCAUCUACAAAUACAACUCAAACACAUGUAUUUACAUCUUUUCCUAAUUCAGCUGUAGAUCCUGAUGAUGAACGUUCAGGAAAUAAAACAACGAAUUCAUCGGAUUCAAAUCAACAUACACUUCCAUUACCAGCUACUGCAAAUGGAACAACAUCCGAACAAUAUCAUAUGUGGCAAAUUGAAUAUUAUCAAAACUAUUUUCAAGUAGAUACACGACAAGUAAUUGAACGUUUAAUUGGUUCAAUGACACCACGACCAAAUAAAUCUUAUUUUGAUUCAACUAUUAGACAAAAUCCAGAUUUAUAUGGGCCAUUUUGGGUUUGUGUAACUUUUAUACUAACUGUUGCAAUUAGUGGAAAUAUAGUAGAUUAUUUUCAUAAAUCUACUACUGAAUUUCAAGUUGAUUUUUCAAAAAUUACUCUAUCAGCACUUCUUGUUUUACUUUAUUGGUGGUUAAUGCCAACAGCUAUUUAUUUUUUCUUUCGUUGGCGUUUAAAUCGUAUUGAAUAUACAUUUCUUGAAUUACUUUGUAUUUAUGGUUAUAGUUUAACCAUAUUUAUACCAAUAUCAGUUUUAUGGAUAAUACCAAUUAAUUGGUUACAAUGGAUAUCAACAAUAAUUGCAUCAAUUAUAAGUGGUAGUGUUUUAAUUGUUACAUUUUGGCCAACAAUUAAUUCUGAUCACAAACGUUUUAGUGCUUUAUCAAUGCUAAUGGUUCUUUUCGUACAUUUAUUAAUGGCACUUUGUAUUAUGCUAGUUUUUUUUCAUGUAUCUGAUAAUAAUAUUAAAUCAACAACAGAAACAACGACAGUUUUUACCACAGUUUUAUCAUCGACAACAAAACGACAAAAAACUAUGCCGCCUAAAAAGAAAGAAGAAGCUAAACCGAAACCACUUAUUGGUCGUGUUGGUACGAGUCUUAAAAUGGGUAUUGUUGGUUUACCUAAUGCUGGAAAAUCAACAUUUUUUAAUAUUCUCACUAAAUCUAGUGUACCUGCAGAAAAUUUUCCUUUUUGCACGAUCAAUCCAAAUGAAAGUCGAGUACCGGUACCAGAUGCACGAUUCGAUUUUUUAUGUCAACAUUAUGAACCAUUAAGCAAACAACCAGCAUUUCUAAAUGUUGUUGAUAUUGCUGGCCUUGUAAAAGGUGCAAGUGAAGGUCAAGGCCUUGGUAAUGCUUUUUUAUCCCAUAUAAAAGCAUGUGAUGGUAUAUUUCAUAUGGUUCGACUUUUUGAUGAAGUUGAUAUAGCUCAUGUUGAAGGAAAUAUUGAUCCUAUUCGUGAUAUUGAAAUUAUUCAUGAUGAAUUAAGAUUAAAAGAUCUUGAAUUAACAAAAAAAAUUGUCGAUGAUUUAGAAAAAAAAUUUGUACGUGGAAAUGAUAAAUCAUUAAAAAUUGAUAAUGAAACAAUACAUAAAGUUUUAAAUAUAUUAACUGAAGAAAAAGGUAGUGUUCGUUUUUGUGAUUGGCAUGAAAGAGAAAUUGAAGUUUUAAAUAAACAUUUAUUUAAUACAUCAAAACCAAUGGUUUAUUUAUUAAAUAUGUCUGAAGAAGAUUAUAUUAAGAAAAAAAAUAAAUGGUUAGGACGAGUUAAACAAUGGAUUGAUGAACAUGAUCCAGGUGCGACAGUUAUACCAUUUAGUGCUAAUUAUGAAUAUCGUCUUGUUGAUUUACCUGAUGAAGAACGUGAAAAAGUUAUUAAAGAAACAGGAGCAACAAGUGCAUUGGAAAAAAUUAUUCUUGCUGGUUAUCGUGCAUUACAAUUAUGUUAUUUUUUUACUUGUGGUAAAGAUGAAGUUAAAGCAUGGACUAUUCAAGUUGGUACUAAAGCACCACAUGCAGCUGGACGUAUACAUACUGAUUUUGAAAAAGGUUUUAUUAUGGCUGAAGUUAUGAAAUAUGAUGAUUUUAAAGAAUUCGGAAAUGAAAAUACUGUUAAAGCAGAAGGAAAAUAUCGACAACAAGGAAAAAAUUAUACUGUUGAAGAUGGAGAUAUUAUCUAUUUCAAAGUUAAUGCAGGCGCUGGUUUAAGUGCAUCAAAAAAAUAG